AUGUCGAGGGCACCCGAGAAACAGAGAAUGAUCUCAAUAUUGAACAACGACGACAACCCUUCAUUUGCGGUUCGACCUUCAAAGUCAUACAAAGUUCGACAAGAGCCCACAGCGUACUCGCAACAGCCACAGAGCUGGUCGGGUUCGGGAAGGGAUACCCCAGAAUCAGCCAGCCUCCGUCAGGGGGAUACCCGCUUACACUGGAGGGACAUGGAGUCGUCCCCUGAGUCUCACCUUUACUCUCACAAGACACCGUCUUACUACUCUUCCUCUCCUCCACACCAUGGCGUGCCCCAGCAUCCAUCACGCGGUUACGAGCAGGCAGAAAGGCGAUCUGCAGCACAUUCUAUCCAAAGCGACCGCCGAGUGAGAGAACAGGAGAAGUUGUCUCCACAAUCCAGUUUUAGCAAUUCCGCCGACUGUACGGCCCCUCCGAUGGCCAAGAAGAAUAAGCAUGCCUGCCCAUACGCCACCUCACACGGUUGCACAGCUACAUUCACGACCUCAGGCCACGCCGCACGCCAUGGAAAGAAACACACUGGAGAAAAGAGAGUUCACUGUCCGGUGUGCAAUAAGGCUUUUACCAGAAAGGAUAAUAUGAAACAGCAUCGGAGGACGCAUCGCGAGUCGGGCGCUGAUACCGAUAUCGACAGUCAAGAUCAAAGCCUACCAGACGCUUCAUACUCAGGGUCCCCCGGCUCUACUACCGCUCAACUGUCAGGAUACGACAUGGACGCACCGAUGGAUCCACGUUAUACUCAGUCUCGACGGCAUUCAAGUCGCUCUGUCACUAGCUAUGAGGCUUCUCCUCGUUAUGCAUAUACCGAGCUCCCCGACCCGCUGGAUCAGGAUUACGAGAGACGGCCGCGCUCGUCGGCAUACCGAUCGGAUACUGCGGGGCGCUUCUUGCUUUUCUUGUAUAUAACGGCCACUGCGCAGCCCUACGUCACGGGCGGCGACAUAUAUAAGAGCCUGCUCGAUGCCUCUCGAGAUGAGCUAACGUCCGUUGUUCUCUAUCCAAUAAUCAGCCUUUCGUUUGCCCAGUUAUGGCUGCCGACUACUACAAGAACCAUCCGUACAACCGGGGCUCGUCGAGACACCACGACGGGCCUCACGCGAGGCAAGAACUGUACGAAGAAGACAUUCGCCACAGCCAUCCGCCUGACUAUUAUCAACCCGGACAGGCUGAGAGAGACCCGUAUGGUGAAUCGAGACCAAGAGGAAGCGAACGCGCAGGACCAAGGCGGUCCCAUUCAGCCGAAGGAGGAGGCAGACAUCGUGGACGGGAUCGAUAUGGCGAAUAUGAUUCCUCUCGAGAUGACGAGCCGCGCCACAGUCGCAAACAUCGCCGCCUUAGAAGCUCUUGGCUUCACUGCGGGGGCAGAUGAGACUCGAAAACAUGACGAUCGUAGUCAUCGUCGCCGCCAUGAAUAUGAAUAUGACGAUGACCCCAGGGACCGAAGGGAUUAUGACCGCCGCCGUUACGAUUAUGAUGACCGUCGUCGAGAUUCAAGCCGUGGUAACCACCGCCGUCACAGAAGCACUUCGUCCGACUCCCGUUCACGGAACUAUAAAGACCCGUCAAAUAAGAGUUUACAGAAUACCAUUACUGCCGCUUUAACUGCAGGAGUACUAGAGGCAUAUCGCGCCCGCAAUGAGCCUGGCGAGUGGACGGGAGAGAAAGGGAAGCGGAUUCUGGCUGCUGUAGCCAGUGCUGGUGGGACUGAAAAAUUGCUCGACCAUGGCGGCUCCGGUAAAUCUAGCAAAAAACAUAUACUGGAGGCCACCUUGGCUGGCCUCGCGUCGGGCCACCUAGCGGGGAAAUCUGGUUCAGGAAGGCACCGUUCGCACUCAGAAGGCCGCAGCAAAGUAAGCACUGGUGCUACUGCUGCAUUACUCGCUGCUGCAGGUAAAAAGGCAUACGAACAUUAUCAAGCCAAGUCUCGCGAUUCUGGAAGGGGUGGAUACUCCAGCGACGAUGAAAGACCUAGCCGGCCUGGGAGAUCGAAUAAGAAGCGAAGCAAGAGUGUGUCAGAAUAUGUGACUCAGGGUAUUGCCAGUCUUGGAUUGAACAAUGAUCACAAUCGAGAUCGCGACCGAGAUAGUGGCCGUGACAGUGGCCGUGAUCAUCGACGGCACCGCACACGAUAUAGUAGCCCAUCGGAUGAUGAUUAUGAUUAUUCAGACAGACCUCGCCGAUCUAGACGACACGAUAGAUAUUAG